AUGUCACCGAAGUAUGCUAAAGACCAGCCGACCGGUUUCGUCAACCGCAUCGAGAAAGUUGCCAUCGUCGGGGCUUCUGGAACCAUAGGCAGCUACUUCACUGAAGAGCUUCUCAGAGCUGGCAAGCACACGAUCACAGCUCUCACCCGCGAGGGCAGCAAGAGCAAGCUCCCAGAAGGCGUCCACUCGGUGGCUAUCAACUACGAUGACGAGUCCACCCUUGUCAACGCCAUGAAGGGCCAGCAGUUCCUGAUUAUAACCCUUCCGGCUAUGGUUGCGAAGGGCACCGAGUCAAAGCUCAUCCGCGCCGCGGCAGAGGCAGGAGUGCCUUAUGUGAUGCCAAACGCAUAUGGCCCGGACCCCGUCAACGAGAAGAUGAUGACGGAGAACCUGAUCGGCCUCCCCUUUGUCCAGGCCAGGAAGGAAAUCAAGCAGCUCGGUGUUAGCAGCUGGGUGGCAUUCGCUUGUGGUUUCUGGUACGAAUGGUCCAUACUCGGCAGCGCAAACUGCUACGGGUGCGACGUAAACAAGCGAGAGAUGACCUUCUAUGACGACGGCGAGGAGAAGAUCACCACAACCACAUGGGACCAGUGCGGACGUGGCCUUGCAGCCUUUUUGAGUCUCAAGUUGUACCCAGAAGACGAAAAUGACAAGGAGCCUGCCAUCAGCAACUGGGCAAAUAAGGCGCUAUAUAUCUCCAGCUUCAGAGUCAGCCAGAAGGACAUGUUCGAGAGUGUGAAGAAGGCGACCGGCACUACCGACAAGGACUGGAAGAUAGGGUACGUUGGUUCCGAGGAGAGAUUCAAGGAGGGUCAGGAGGCCAUGAAGAGAGGCGACAGAGAUGGCUUCGCACGGCAGAUGUAUGCGAGGAUCUUCUACCCUACAGGUGAAGGGGACCACUCUCGUCACGGCCUUGCGAAUGAGGCUCUGGGAUUACCCGAGGAGGACAUAGAUGAGAUGACGAAGAGGGGCUUCGUGCUAUUGGACCAGGGCAAGCUAUCCUACACGUAA